CGGAAUCCUCUAACAAGACAAAGCACGCAGCUCGCAUCCGCAUCCGCAUCCGGAUCCGGCCCCCGACGACGGCCUGUUUUUGACGCCCCACCAUCUGCAUAUCGCUGUAAAUAGCUGCGACAAGGGCAGUCUGUUCCUUGGCUCAGAUUACAUCGUCAUCGUCGUGAACUUAUGGAAUACUGCGAGCAAUAAUGGCUUCUACAACUGCACCGUCGCUCCCCUCGGCUACCCAGACCCAAUCCAACGGCAAUGGCAGUGGCCCGACGAGCUCGCCGCUGCUCUUCUUCGUUGCCCUAGGCUUCGGCGUCGUCUUCACCAAUCUCUGGAUCAUUGUAGGCGUCAAGUACUGCUUCCGAUACAACCAGCGCAACCGUGCAGCCCGAGCCGCCGCAGAUGGAGAACCGAUCGACCUCACGGCCAUGCCACGGCCGCAUAGAAGGAGGAGGGAGAAAAAGCUGAUGACAAUGGACGAGGUGAACGAACGCUUCCCUCUGACAAAGUACAAGCAAUGGAAGGCUAGCCGGGAGAACGAAGGACUGCCGACAACUGGUGGCAUCGCAACAGCUCCCCAGAGCAGAGCCAACAGCGUGAAGGACGUUGAGGGAGUCGUCGACCCCGUGAGAGACGAUGGCGCGUCGAGUCCGAGGCCGACCACCGCCCUUUCCAUGGCCCGAGACGAAUUUACUGCUUCGUCAAAGGACCAGCCCGGCUCACCCAGGAAUAGUGUAGGCGCACAUGAAAACGCUGCAGAGCACAAGGAGGCCGAGAAGAAAGAAGCUGGCGAGAAGUCUACCGAGCUUUCGCGGACCGGGAUUGCUGUCACCGACUAUCAACCCGGCAAGGAGCCUGCUCAAGGCCAGGACCAGGAUGGAGAUGAGUCGGACGACGACGAUCCGAUACGUACUGCUACUGCGCCCGAGAUGAUGGCUGAGCCUGGCGAUACCUGUGCCAUCUGCUUGGACUCCUUAGAGGACCAAGACGAUGUGCGAGGCUUGACGUGCGGUCACGCUUUCCACGCCAGCUGUGUCGACCCAUGGCUGACCAGCCGACGUGCCUGCUGCCCGCUCUGCAAGGCUGACUACUACGUCCCCAAGCCACGUCCCGAAGGCGAAAACGCAGAGCAGUCGUCGGGUCGCCGUACGAAUACCGGUCUCAGGUCUCCUACAUCUCCGCAGGCCGCAUGGACCGCUGCGCGAGGCAACCCCUUCUCUCGAUCUCGCGUCAUUGUCUUCACCAAUGUUGGACCCCAGACCAACAAUAACAACCGUCAAGCCAACGCUACGUAUGGGCUGGCCAACCUGUUGAAUCGUCCCGGUCGGCGCGAACGUACCGCUACUCCUCAACAGCGUAGUCCUCAGGGAACCACAAGUUGGAGGACGGUCCUUCAGUCCGCAAGGCCCAGCGCACCGACGUUUUCCAACUGGUUCGGCCGCAACCGUGGCGCCAAUGCUAACAACACCUCACCCCAACCCACCCCAGGCCAGCUUGAAGCUGGCAAUCGGUAACAGGCACGCUGAUGUCCUUCGGACCACCCCGCACUCUUGGAUUGAUUAUCCCCACCCACGACCCUGACGCCUCACGACACUUCUAGAUUCCGCUACAUCCUUUCCUUUCUUGCUGUUCUUGAGCGCGGACAGCUGCGCUUUCCCGGCUUCUAUAGCGGUCGACUGCUGCGGCCG